AGCCAGAGGCCCUGCUGCACAGCAGCUGCCGAUUCCUUUCCCUCUGGCUCCCUCCAAGGCCUUCGCAAUGAUGCUGCGCCUCCUGGCUCUCCUCCUCCCAGGGGUUUUGGUGCCAGCUUCCAGGGCACAGCCGGUGCUGACUCAGCCGGCCUCCAUUUUAGCGUUGCCGGGACAAACGGUGAAACUCUCGUGUGCCCUGAAUCCUGGGUACAACAUCAGGGAGUUCGGGGUCGCCUGGUACCAGCAGAGACCUGGCAGCCCUCCGAGGUACCUGCUCUAUUACAACUCGGAGGUGGACAAGCACAAGCCCUGCGGGAUUCCGGACCGCUUCUCUGCGUCCAAAGACCCCGCCAGUAACGCCUGCGUUCUGACCAUUGCCGCGGUCCAGGCUGAGGACCACGCUGACUAUUACUGCUCGGUCGCAUAUCCCAUCUACUAUCUCUAGAAAUGUGGAACCAAAACCUGUGCUGGCCCCCGGGGAACUCUGAUGAGCCCCUGCUUGCAGAGCCUCGUGCUGAAGGAACCGCAGCCCCAUAAGGAACGGAAAAAGAAACGGCUCACGUUCUCCACCCUUGAAUUAACCUAGAGCUGAGGCCCCCUGGUCGGUUAUGCUCAGAGAGCUGUGACGGAUGGUGGCUUCCUGUCUGACGGAUGUCACCUGGUGGAGCUCAGAAUGCUACGAGACACGCAGGGCCAGAUCCUGCCAGGUGCUAGGCACCUGCAGCUCCCACUGCACAGAGACCCUACUGAACAGAGCUGGUCUUUCCCGCCCGCAGGCCCCGUCCAUCUGCUGAGAUCCCCAUCAGCUGCAUGUGGGGCACCCAGUACAGCUUGACAUCAAAGACAGAUUUCUAAAGCACUUGUUCUGAUGUUCAGGAGUAUGUUAUGUGCCUUUCCUACAUACAGCGGGCUGGGUUCUUAGUUACUCUGCUUCUGAGCUUGGGACAGGAACAAAGGGUGCUGCUGGGGGUGAAGAGAGGCAGUCCCUUUAAACUACCUGUGCACUUCCUGUAUUCAGGGCCCUGUCCAGUGCCCGGUGUAAGUUAGAGCAGCCUCAGGGCUUCUCUGAUUUACACUCAGCAUAAGUGUUUGCCAGCUGCUGAUGCCUUCUUUCUCAGUUCUGAGGUUCUGAGGAAGUGUUUUUGUUUAAAUGGGAAGACAAAUAGAUUCCUGGUUUCUCAUCCCGGCUCUCUGCAAGGCCAUUAGCCCAUGGGGCUGAGAGAGAGAGAAUUUGGUGGGAGCUUUUCCCUAAGAAGGUGGCAGCACGUCACCAUGAAACCGUGGCCAUCAGCCAUCAGCAUGCACAUCGUGCGGGGGUACAACCACAAGGCCUUAGCUCAGACACACAGGACCCUGAGGGAAGAACGAAGAGCUUGAUGAGCCAUGGCCAACGCAGCAGCUGAGACAUUCAGACAGAUUGUUAGCGUGGCUGGGCAGGGGGAGCGAGUGCCCUGCACACUCUGGUGCUGGGUAAAUAAUAAACAGGAAUGAUAACAUUCCAUCACAGUCGGCCUGGCUCUGGGGCCCUCAGCAGACCUGCCUGCCAAUCUUUGGGCACAGCCGCUCUCUCUGGGGUGUACCAGGGAAUGGGUGAUUAGCUAACUCUGAGCACCACCACAAUUGCUGAGCACGGGCCAUUCCAUUCAAUGUAUUCCCAAGUCCCAGACCAGAGAAAAACAGCCCACCCAGAGGCCCCUUUUAUUGGAUCAAUGAAACCCAGAAUUAGCAGCAACAGGGCUGCUCAGGAGAGGAAAGUUUUGCCAUUGUUUAAGUGAGUGCGGGUUUGGGGCCAAAAUGAGCCUGUUUUGACAACCCCAGGGCCCGAUUUUCAGAUCUCUGCCUGUGCUUUUUGGGCCUUACUUUGCUGUAAUACAUUCUUCACUCUAGCAUUGUACACUGGGGGGUUUGGUGUAUGGGACAUCCGCGGAGGGUGACUCAGCUGUCAGUGUUAUCUAGCUGUGUCCUGCCCUUAGGGCAUGUCCAGCAAUGUCCUGAUGAUGUGACGCUUCUCCCUUGCGUGUAACUUGCUAUGCAGAACACCCAGCGUGAUGGGGGCUGGAUCCUGGUUGAAGCUUUUGUGAGAUUUUGCAAUACAAACAAUAAAUGCUAA